GUGUAUAUGGGUAGCUACCAGAACUGUGUCAUGGUACAAGGGGCGGUGCAGGCGGCAUUCAUCACCAUGAUCAACAAGUUUGUUGGUGGGCUGGUGGAGCUGGAGGAAGCGGCGGUAGGAUUGUGCUUGGUUCUUAAGUCUUGUGAGCCUAUUGUUAGGUACCCUCUCCUUUCAUUUUAAAUAAAGCCCGCUGAGUGACAAACCGACGGCUUUGACAACAGUCUGCCCAAGCCCCAUGUGUAACUUAUUGUCUCACAUAAAAUGUCAGAGACACUAUAACUGAUGGACUGCCAACUCAUACUUUUCUUUGUGAUGGUUCAGUUGGAAAAAGCUAUGUAAGUACAGCACUUCGACUACGAAACGAUUUGUACAUUCUGUAUCCCCUGGACAUCCAUAGGGCUAUGUUUAGAGCAGAUCUCUAUAGAUAAAACAUGUCCCUGUCUAUCCUGUAAAAGUAAUUGUCUGAUGACCAAGGGGCUAUUGGGUGACCAAGAGGCUAUAGGUGUGGACCAGGAGGCUAUUGGGUAACCAGUAGGCUAUGGGUCAUGACCAAGAGGCUAUGGGUCAUGGCCAAGAGGCUAUGGGUCAUGGCCAAGAGGCUAUGGGUCAUGGCCAAGAGGCUAUGGGUUUCAAAGCAUCCCACUAUAGUAUAGGCAAAAAGUUGCAUGUAAUGAGCUUCUCAAGUAAAGUAGCUCAUCUUGGGAGAGGUACACCCUGAAGUCAGAAGAUUAUGGCCAAAUUAGGCUUGGGAAUUGUCUACUCAAAAAUAGCUGCAGUCUUACCAGUUAUACUUACCAGUUACACUACAGUUGCUAGAACGUACAAAACUUUUUUUUUUUUUUAAAUUGUGUAAGAUUUUCUGAAAGUUUAACAUUUUAAUUGAAUACCCAUAAGCUAUUUACAAAGUUCAAGUAGUGAUUUAGUUGUUGGUGGUCCUGUUGGUAUUUUGUCUCUGAAUACAUUUAGCUCUAAGUUUUAAAAUAGGUCAUGUAUUAGUAUCAUUUGUAUUAUUAGUUAAUUAAACAAACCCUUCUCCCUCAAAAAAAAAUCAAUAAUAAUUUUUUUUUUAAAAUGUACAAGAUAAAUUCAAAUUAAAUAAAAUUGAUUGUGUCUUCAAAAAUAUGUUUCAUCAUUUUUUAAAAAAAAUUAAUGAAGUACAUUUGCACUAUGUUUAAUUAUAAGUCAGCCAACUUUGGUCUCAAUGGUUUUGAUUAAUUCUACUUUCUGCUGCAUUAAAAUUGAAUUAAACAAGGGAAUGUGUGCUUGGCAGGCUCACUCUUCUAUAUUCUAUACCAAUGGCUUUCACUAAAACCUUUUAUUUUAUUGCCUUGGCUUUAGUUUCAUUUUUAAUUAAUGGGCAACAAAUAACACUACUUUUUCAGCUCUUUUUUUUAAUAUUCAUAUCAGAAUUACCAGUAAAAACCUUUACUCUCAUAGCAAUUAGACAUUACCAUAACUGUACAGGGAGUGUGUUUGGUUGUAGACAGGGUCCCAGUAUUAAUUGAUCUUGUUAAGCCUGGUGUAGCAUUAUGUUGAGAUAAUGGAUUCUGUGCCAGAUGGUGGUAAUCAGCCGAGGCACUAGCAAUAUCUGCUCUCUGCUCAUUAGCAUAAUUUGUGUGUUUUACUCAUUAUUUUUAACUCCAGAACAGGAAGCAUGAGAUGGAAUGGCCAUUUAUUGAAUGCUGUUUGAAACAAUAGAUAUUAAAUAUAUAAAUACACAAACAAAAUAGAAACAGUACAAAAAUAGUUUGAACUUUCCUUCAAAAAUCUAGUAUCAAUUAAGUGGGACCAAAUUUAUUUUAUAUGUACUUUCAUAUCAUCAGGAGGAUGUUGGAGAUGACGUUUUAGCUGAUUUCAAAUCUAACAGUGAGUAGAUAUCAUUUAUUUGCUUUUUUUUGUAUCUUGAGCAUGAUUGAAACAUGACCUAUUCUUUAUAAAAAUAACCACAAGUUUAGAAUAAUUAUAAAUAGACUGUUGUAUAUAAAAAUUUUUUUUUAAAUAUAGCUAUGUUCAAUUUUUUAAUUUUCUUUCAAUUUUAGAUUCAUGAUAAGAAGCAAAAUAAACUUAAAAUUUAACAUAACAUCUGUUUAAGGGCUUAAUCUAAUUUUUUACAUUUCUAAAUUAACUCAGGCAAAUAACAUUACGGUAGCUUAUUACUUAUAAAGAAUGAGAAAUAAAAGUAUAAAGGAGUAGUGGGGAAAUAAGAAAUGGUACAUUGGGAUUGGUUAAAGUAAAGAUAAUAAUUAGACAUUGACACAUUCGGUUUCUUUAUGAAACAGACAGGAGCGUGUCCAGGGAGAACCUAAUCAAUGAAGUGGUGCUGCUCUUAACAUUUCUUACGGAUAGGCUGGAGGUAGUGUCAAGGUGAGUUGAGAUCCAUUGAUAGGGAACCCAAGACAUUAAUUGUCUUUUUGUUGUACUGAUGAAGGCAUGUGCCGAAACGUAUACUUGUGUAUUCUGUAAAGUUAUUAUUAAAGCUUUACUUACAUUGUUAUAUUGACACAAAUUGUUCGUGUCUAAUUAAUCUACAUUAGAAGAACCUGUUUAGGUUAAAGUGUAAGUUAAUGUAUGGUUUAGAAGAUUUAGUUAGGCUUAGAGGUUUGUUAACUAGAAAGUAUAAACUUGGGUAGGUCAAGUAAUUUCUUCACUAGCUUUGUCAUGGCAUUGGGUUUGUUAUAUAGCUCAAAAUAAUUUUUCAUCAGUCCAUAUAUUUUGACAAAGCAAAUGAGAUUAUUAUACCUUUAAAUUAUUAUUUGUUUUAAAAGUAGUUUGAGCAACAGGAUACAGGAUUUGAAAUAAAUAUUUACUUAAACGAAAAGCCCUAACCUUCCUAUCUUCUUUCUGGCCCUUCCAGCACUUCCCAAGGUAAACAAACCUUGCCACUGCUGCUUGAAGGUGUUAACAUAGUUUUGUCCAAAGUACCACCCUCAAUCAAGCUCAAUAAUGACUUCCAAGAGCUCUUGUGGUAAGAGAAAACAUCUGUUUAGAUGAACUUAAAUAUUAAAAAAGAGAAGGGGGAAAAAAAACCAGGUUCAUUUGUAACUAGGAAAACCGAUCAUAUUAAUACCAACAAAGAGUCAACAAGCCUGCUCAUCUUCAAUGUUUUAUGAAAAUAAAUUAAUGUUUUAAAUUGUCCUACUUCUCUGAGUAAAGGUUUGAUGUUUUAGUGGUUUUAAUAGACAUCCUUUACCUUAGAUUUGUCUUAUUGGCUGUAGGGAAAUGAGUUAUUUCACCUCUGGUUUUAACAGCACUCUCCAAACUGGCUCCAUUAAAUACUCUUAAUUAACAUGAAAUGAUAACCUUAGGAAGAGGUUGUGCCCUUGCCUGAUCAGUCUACUCGGGGAACCUAAAGCAGAAAAAACAACAGGUCAAAAAUCUGUCCGACCUGAGGUGGCCAAGCUGACUGGCUCUUCAAGUGCUUCUCCCAACUUAACACAAGCCUCCGCUAAAGUUAUAUAUAGGUUAGUAUCAGAUGGUCUUAGACUAGUUACAAUCUCUUUAUAGCCUAUGUUGAAAAUUUCUUUUCAUGUCAGAUAAUUAAAAUGCACAAGCGGCUAGUGUAAAGUGGUGUCAGAUAAUUAAAAUGCACAAGCGGUCAGUGUAAACCGGUGGCUUGAAGCUUUAUUUAACUUAGCCUGAACAAAACAAAGAAUAUUUUGCCAGAAGCCUUAACAGCUAACUUGACAUUGUGUUUUAUUAAUUAAAUUAAAUUUUUUUUGUUUCACUUCUCUGUUCCAUGUUAGCAUUGCAGGGGAGUUGGCUUGUUUAGUGGGAGGCAUCCCACAACUGCGGCCGGUGCUGGAAGCCUUGUUUCAUAAAAUAUUAAUGUUUCCCCUACCCCAGAGCAGACAUGAUGCCUUACGUAUUCUUAAAGAGGUAAUUGACGUAUUCUUAAAGAGGUAAUUGAUGUAUUCUUAAAGAGGUAAUUGACGUAUUCUUAAAGAGGUAAUUGAUGUAUUCUUAAAGAGGUAAUUGACGUAGUCUUAAAGAGGUAAUUGACGUAUUCUUAAAGAGGUAAUUGACGUAUUCUUAAAGAGGUAAUUGACAUAUUCUUAAAGAGGUAAUUGACGUAUUCUUAAAGAGGUAAUGACAUAUUCUUAAAGAGGUAAUUGACGUAUUCUUAAAGAGGUAAUUGACGUAUUCUUAAAGAGGUAAUUGACGUAUUCUUAAAGAGGUAAUUGAUGUAUUCUUAAAGAGGUAAUUGACGUAUUCUUAAAGAGGUAAUUGAUGUAUUCUUAAAGAGGUAAUUGACGUAGUCUUAAAGAGGUAAUUGACGUAUUCUUAAAGAGGUAAUUGACGUAUUCUUAAAGAGGUAAUUGACGUAUUCUUAAAGAGGUAAUUGAUGUAUAGAAUUUCUCCAUUAACUGCAUAAGAAUUUCUCCAUUAACUCGUAUUCUUAAAGAGGUAAUUGACAUAUUCUUAAAGAGGUAAUUGACGUAUUCUUAAAGAGGUAAUGACAUAUUCUUAAAGAGGUAAUUGACGUAUUCUUAAAGAGGUAAUUGACGUAUUCUUAAAGAGGUAAUUGACGUAUUCUUAAAGAGGUAAUUGACGUAUUCUUAAAGAGGUAAUUGACGUAUUCUUAAAGAGGUAAUUGACGUAUUCUUAAAGAGGUAAUUGACGUAUUCUUAAAGAGGUAAUUGACAUAUCUUUGUUGAAAACAAAAUGUUAAUGGCUCCUAUUUCAGGGCAUGAAAAUAAUAAAAUUUUGUUUAAAAAUGGGGGAUCCCCCACCAGUUUUUAUUCAUAAGAAAUAAACAAUAUUUUUGCAUUCAAAAUAAAUCCUUGCAUGACCGAUACUGAGGGAUGAUGUGUUUUUAUUGUAUCUUUUACUUACACUUGGAUUAAAAAGCGUGCUGUGUCGUUUUGAUGGCAAUUAUUCAUUAAGCCAGGAUAGAAAAAAAUACAGUGUAAAAAUGUUCAGCUUGGGUUUCUCUGACCUUAAUUUAUAUUGCUUUUUUCAGCUUAUGUCAGACCCCAAAAAAGUGGUGUCCCUCAUUGGCACCGCUACAGCUCCUGCUAAGGACAACAGCUUGGAUACAAAUAUGGCUCUGUUGAAAAUGUGAGUUACUCAAAUAUCUAAGAUGCGCCCCACUCCAUCCCUGUAUCUAGUUGCAUCCAUCCCCACAAAUUGCUGCAUCCAUAUACCAUACAAUUUAAUCCAACUACCUUACAGUCUGAAGUGUGAUGAACAUUCUAUCAACGGCAGUCAUUAGACUGUUGUUAACACUGCCACAAGGAUCCUUGAAAUUAUAGAGUGGACUAUAGCCAGUGUUGACAUCAGACUUCAGGGACACAUUUCAGAAUCAACUAAGUGUGUGCUUAUUUGAUCAUGGUGUUCUGUUCAUUUGGGUUAAACAAUUGUUUGCAUAAUUUCUUUUUUUUUCUUUUAAAAUCCACUUUAUAUUAAAAAAAAAAAGUUGUUAACACUGCCACAAGGAUCCUUGAAAUUAUAGAGUGGACUAUAGCCAGUGUUGACAUCAGACUUCAGGGACACAUUUCAGAAUUAACUAAGUGUGUGCUUAUUUGAUCAUGGUGUUCUGUUCAUUUGGGUUAAACAAUUGUUUGCAUAAUUUCUUUUUUUUUUUUUAAAAUCCACUUUAUAUUAAAAAAAAAACAAUGGAUAACCAUAACUAUCGACAAAUUUUUCUAGAUAACACUAAAGAGAUGAAGGGUACCUCUUAAAAAAAUAUAGUUCAGAAAAAAAAUGUUUUGUAACUAGUAUUGAAACAUUUAAAUGUCUGCCCUGCCAUUUGAAAAUGCCUUUUUUGGUUACAGGUUGAUUGACGCUGUGCAUCAGAGCAGCCAUUACAGUGAGCCAUCCAUUGUGUACACAAGUAUUGACUGCAUUGAUGGCUUGCUGGCCUCCCUGGACAGAAUACGACAAGGGGAGGCUAUUCCAGACUCAAUGAUUAAACCUACAAAAGGUGAAUGUUUUUGUAGCUUGUAGGAACAACAAGGGAAGAGAGCCCAACAUUUUUUUUGUUCUUUAUACAUUUUAUUAUAACAGAGAGGUUGAAGAGAAAAAUAUUGUUUCAAAUCAAAAGAGGUAAAAUUGCUUAACCACUGCUACUGGGGGGGGAAAAAAACAUGUUUGUCGUUAUACAAUUUUUCUGUCAUUUAAAACUUGGAUUCUGGAAUUUUGCGUAUCAUAGUUCAGAUGAAUGAAUAAAAAAUAAUUUCAAAUUUUUCAGGCAUGAAAGGUCGUACAAGGAGGAGUAUGACCUCUAACCCUGAUGAUGAUGGGGGAAGUGACAUCACGUGUGAGCAGUAUGAUGAGUCUGAAGGUACGCUUUUUGUUGGAUUGGAGCCCAUCCCAGCACAAAAGAAUAAAAGAAAAAUAGAGAUCUGAAGAAGAAAAUUGAAAUUUCAAAUAAUUAUUUCCAUAAAUAUAAAAAAAACUGUAUUUUUUUUUAACUAUCAUAAUAUUUACAGGUCUAUCUAUUUCAGAUCCCAUCACAGUACCAGAAGAUUCACCAGCAGCCAAUGAAAUCCCACCAGAUGACCAGCCAGCUGACCAAAUAACUGACCCAGCUCCAGCCAAGCCAAAACUAACCCCAAAAUCCCCUUCCAGGGCCCAGUUUGAAGCGGAAGAGAGGGAAAAUGCACGUCAGUUUGUCACCUACCUCCGUCAAAUGAUGCCUGUGCUAAAGAAUGCCAUGAGUGUGUCUCAAGUUGAUGAGACCUUACAAGACAUGGCUGCCCAAUUCUGUAACAGUAUGUAAUCCUGGGAAAAAUUUAAAUCCGUUUAUUGUGUAUUUUUUGUUGUUGAAAUGCCUACUUUAAUAAACAAUAAAAGGUAAUCUAUUGACUUUGAUUGACUUUAUAUAAUUUCAUAAUUAAUCACAGUUACCAAACAACUGUUGGGUUACAGUAAGUAUGUACGGUUAAUCCGCUAUAAUUAUUAUAGAUGUUUAAAGAAACAGAUUCUAGCGCUCCUCAGAUUUACAAAGGUUUGAGCCUUUAGCGUAGAACUGGCAAGUAGGCUCUGCUAGUCACCAUGAAAAGCUUUUCCUUAUUGGAAAAGAUAAGUCAGUUUCUCCAGUGACUUUGCAAGAAUAGUGCCAUAGAAGUGCUUAUCAUUUGCAUAAGAGGGGUGGCUGACAUGAUAGCAUGUUUAUAGUCUUGCACUUACCCAAAAUGGUAGAAAGUUGAUCAAAUAUAAAAAGACCCAAGAUUCGAAUAAAACCCAUCUAGAUUUCUAACUAAUUUGAAGUACAUUUUCUCUUAGGCAGAUUAGCCAAUUAAUAUUUUAAAGAGGCUGACGCUGCUUAAUCAUUUGAUAAUAAUUUUCUGAUGUAAAUAAGUUUAACCAAAAUUUCUUACCAGGUAUUCCACCAAGUCAUUUGGGCCACCAGCACGAUGGCUCGUCUACCGCCGUUGUUCUCAACUCUGAUGGUGUAUAUGUUGCAGCCAUUGUGGCUCUGAAAUUUAACCUCAAACUUAUCAAGACAGGAUACUAUAGAAACAUACGAAACCUUAAGUUGACUGAAGUGAGUCACCAACUACUAUUUGAUGUAUAUUUUUAUAACCUAUUUAACUUAACAGUCAUGUUGCUGGUUAGGUAUGUCAUGAUUAUGUUGGUUAGAUAAGUCAUAGAUUCUGUUGGUAAGGUAUGUCAUAGAUUCUGUUGGAUAGGUAUUUCAUAGAUUCUGUUGGUUAGGUAUCUCAUGGACUCUGUUGGUUAGAUAUGUCAUUGAUUAUGUUGGUUUCGUAUGUCAUAGAUUCUGCUGGUUUGGUAUGUCAUAGAUUAUGUUAGUUAGAUAUGUCAUAGAUUCUGUUGGUUUGGUAUGUCAUAGAUUCUGCAGGUUAGGUAUGGCAUAGAUUCUGUUGGUUAGGUAUAUCAUAGAUUCUGUUGAUUAGGUAUGUCAAAGAUUCUGUUGGUUAGUUAUGUCAUAGUUUCUGCUGGUUUGUAUGUCAUAGAUUCUUUUGGUUUGGUAUGUCAUAGAUUCUGCUGGUUAGGUAUGUCAUAGAUUCUGUUGGUUUGAUAUGUCAUAGAUUCUGUUGGUUUGGUAUGUCAUAGAUUCUGUUGGUUUGGUAUGUCAUAGAUUCUUUUGGUUUGGUAUGUCAUAGAUUCUGUUGGUUAGUUAUGUCAUAGUUUCUGCUGGUUUGUAUGUCAUAGAUUCUUUUGGUUUGGUAUGUCAUAGAUUCUGUUGAUUAGGUAUGUCAUAGAGUCUGUUGGUUAGUUAUGUCAUAGUUUCUGCUGGUUGGUAUGUCAUAGAUUCUGUUGGUUUGGUAUGUCAUAGAUUCUGCUGGUUAGGUAUGUCAUAGAUUCUGUUGGUUUGGUAUGUCAUAGAUUCUGUUGGUUUGGUAUGUCAUAGAUUCUGUUGAUUAGGUAUGUCAUAGAUUCUUUUGGUUUGGUAUGUCAUAGAUUCUGCUGGUUAGGUAUGUCAUAGAUUCUGCUGGUUUGGUAUGUCAUAGAUUCUGUUGGUUUGGUAUGUGAUAGAUUCUGUUGGUUUGGUAUGUCAUAGAUUCUGUUGGUUUGGUAUGUCAUAGAUUCUGUUGGUUUGGUAUGUCAUAGAUUCUGUUGGUUUGUAUGUCAUAGAUUCUGUUUGUUAGGUAUGUCAUAGAUUAUGUUGGUUUGGUAUGUCAUAGAUUCAUAAUUUUUUUUUGGGGGGGGGGGGAUAAUUGGAAGAAAAAAGCUCAAUAUUUGGUAAAUAUGUCUUAGAGAAAUCCUCUUUGCAAAAAAUGAAUAAUUUUUUUUUGGGGGGGGGGGGGAUAAUUGGAAGUAAAAAGCUCAAUAUUUGGUAAAUAUGUCUUAGAGAAAUCCUCUUUGCUAAAAAUGCUUGUGCUAAUGACUGUGCUUAAAAUGCUUACACUGAUGAUUGUGCUUAAAAUGCUUACGCUGAUGACUGUGCUUAAAAUGCUUACACUGAUGUCUGUACUAAAAUGUUUGUGCUGAUAAACAAAAUUAAAAAUGCUUGCACUGAUGGCUAUACAACUCCUGUCUUGACCAGAAUGACUUCACCAAUGAGAUAUUUAGUUCUGGUUUGCUGCUGUACCUACCCCCGGCCUGGCUCAAGGAAGUCUACUCUCAAGUGCUAACGACAAGCAUGCUGGAUCUGAACCUCUCAUCCUCUCCAUCGACUGCGAGAGUCAGCUCAAGUGCUUUGAUAAAUAUGUUA